UUGAUGUGCUAAGCAUAACGUUCGAUUUCUCACAAGUGGUUAAAAAGCUAAUUUUUGAAUAAACAGAAAAAAAAAACCAGAAGAAUUUAGUGAAAAGAGCACGCGAUCAUCACCCGACUGCGUAAAAAAGAAACAGUUUACUUACGGUUUUAAUUUGUCCGAGAGAAUAACAAGGUAAUCAUCAAAAUGGUUGGAAAAAUUGCAGUAGUCAUGUGCAUUUUGUUCGUUGCAUUGGCAUUCACCGACGCCAAUCCCGUCAUAGAUUCAGCUGGCGAAUUUGAUUUGGUUGGAGUGUGCCUGCGAAAUUGUGCGCAAUGUAAAAAAAUGUAUGGAUCAUACUUUGAAGGUCAAAUGUGUGCUGAUGGCUGUGUCAAAUUCAAGGGGAAAGUCAUUCCAGAUUGCGAAGACAUCGGUUCGAUCGCACCAUUCCUCAACAAAUUUUGAACAUGAAGUAAUACGUAUAUUGGAUUAAAUCCAUCAUAACGUGAUAGUUGAUGUGUGAUUUUUCGUUUCGUUUAAGAUUAUAAUUAAUGUAUUUAUUUUUAAGUUAAUCGCUUUUUUUUCUAAAACGAUGUCAAUGGCCCGGGCCGAAACAUUUUCAUUUUCGUUAACAUUACAAACGGUAUGCUAAAACAAAUGCCAGAUUUGUAAAAAAAUCAUCAUUAUUUAUGUUCGCAUCAUUCGAAAUAUACUAUAAUAA